CAGCAAAUAAACUACAAGGGAGUUGACGGGGAUGCGGAUGCGUGUUCACACCGGCAACCAUCCGGUGGUUCCCACUUGGCGUGACGGACUCUUCCUCUCCUCUCCGUAUGUGGUAAGGGGAGGACGAGCGAGGCGACAAAUGAAGCGAAGCGAUGAUGUUCUUCACACACGGCAAAACGAGGCGGACACGCGCGCCCAAUCAUCCCCACAAGGAAAAGGAUGGGCGGGAAAAGUAAUGGUGCGACGCGGUUUCCCUGAACCGGGCCCCUCCGAAUCCCAACUGCCCCCACCAUACGACCCUGACAUGCCGUAACGUUUUCCGGGAAACGACACGCUUGUUUGCUCUCGAACAGCUUUUGAUGAACAUAUUAUCCAAGCUUAUUUAGUUCUUAGUUAACAGAUAGACAUAAAUAGUCAUACAAUUUAUUCAUUCUUUCUUGUUUUCUAUGGAUUAUAAAGUUAAUCUGAAUCAUGUCAAUCCUUUGGAUUUACUUUUCUGAUUUGUAUCCAUUUCAAAAAUGGUCAGCCGUAUGCAUGCAUGGGCAUACAAUUUGACCAUAGUACCUCCUACAUACAAUACAUACAUAUAUGCAUGAGAUGACGAUGGUAUUCGGCUCGUGUUCGACAGCACUAUUCUGUGCUCGAUCAAGCGGCAUUUUCCACCGACUUCCCUUGGAACAUAUUCCUCGCUUUCCGCAGUCUUUGUUUCAAACCUUGUGCUCUCUAAUCGAAGCUUCUCUUCCUUUCCACACUAUUGUAAUCCGUGUGGUCUCCUAAAGUUAUCCAACAUCAUUUGUUACGUGUUCUUUCACAGUAGAGUUGAGGGUCAUGAAUAAGACAGCUAUCUAAUAUUCUGCUAUUUAUCUUUACAAGAUCUUUCCUUUCAACUUCUCCACCUCUGAUAGUUGAUUGUUUCAAAUUUUAUUUAUUUUUCUUUCUUUCUUUCUUUAGUUUGGGAGUUUGGAUCCUGACGUGAUUAAUGCUUUAGGUGUGGUCAAAUAAUGUGGUAACAAGAAAUGUUAGACUAGUCUUUUAAGUUGCACUCGACAAUUCAUGUUUAUUCAAAUUAUAGGAUUUGUGACUGUUUGAAUGUUGACUUUGACCAAGGAGUCAAUUGGUUUUCAACUGUUACGGGUUAUACGAGCAUCUUAACUAAUAUAAAUUAUAUUAGUAGAAAAUCGUUAUUUAGGCGUACUGAUCCGUAUUAAGGAGAUUUUUUUAAUGAAUUAUGUAUUUAAAAAAUUAAGUAGUGAGUGGGGGAUUAAAUUCCUCGAUAAAUUUAAGAUAUCAAUAAUACGAAAUGGCAUUAAAGUAAUUAUCUGACAGUCGGCAGCUUUAUAGAGGCAGUAAGCGCAAGAAGUAAAGGUGGGAGAGGAAAGAGCGAUACGUCGUUAGAGAGAGAGAGCGAGAGAGAGAGAGAGAGAGGAAAAAUAGUAAGGUUGGGGUUUUCGGAGGGGUGGGAGAAGAUGAUGCACGGAGGAGGAGGAGGUGGUAACGGUGGCUACGUCGGGCGGAUGGCGAUGGUGGCGGGAAUUCCACUGCAGGUAAACCCGGCGCCGGCGGCGGAGAUGUUGGACACGAGCGGCGGCGCAGGGGUACCGCAACCGCCUCAGCCGCAGCUGAGGGUGAAGGAGGAGAAGGUGCCGCAGUGGAGCCAGCAGGAGACGCGGGAUCUCAUCGCGAUCAGGGCCGAGCUGGAGCGCGACCUCGCGGUGGCGCGGCGUAGCAGGACGCUGUGGGAGGCGGUGGCCGCCAGGAUGCGGGAGCGCGGCCACCGCAGGACGUCGGACCAGUGCAAGUGCAAGUGGAAGAACCUCGUCAACCGCUACAAGGCCGCUGAUCCCGCGGACGGCCGGCAAUGCCCCUUUUUCGAGGAGCUGAAUGCGGUGUUCUUGGAACGGGCGAAGAACACGCAGCGGCUCCUCUUGGAAUCGGAGUCCAUCGCCUCCCCGUCGAAGAAGAAGCUGAAGAGGCUUAGCGGGGAUCGAUCCUCCUCGGAUGAGUUCCCGGAGGACGACGAGGACGAGAACCGCAGCGACGAGGAGCGCCUCUCGAGGAGCAGAAAGAAAAAGGCCGACAGCAGCAGAAGGGGACAGAGGGCGGCCGGCAUCCGGGAGCUGCUGCAGGAGUUCCUGCAGCAGCAGCGGCGGAUGGAGUUGCGGUGGCAGGACACGGUGGAGCGGCGGGCGCAGGAGCGGCGAGCUCUGGAGCAUGAGUGGCGGCUGUCGAUGGAGAAGCUGGAGAGGGACCGGCUGCUGCUGGAGCAGGCGUGGCGGGAGCGGGAGGAGCAGCGGAGGAUGAGGGAGGAGAGCCGGGCGGAGAAGAGGGACGCGCUCCUCACCACUCUGCUCAAUAAGCUCAUCCAAGACGAUGAUCUCUGAGACGGCCUCCCUCUUGAAUUCCAUUGAUGAUCAUUUCAUGUCGAAUUAAUUUAACACAACGUAUGAGAUAUUUUCCCAUUUAACAUAAUUUAUAGAUCUCUAUGGUUCAAAUAAUUCCUACUA